GAAAGCUAGAUAGUGUGCUAGAAGAGACCAACUCGUUAUAAAGAGUAAAUAGAUAGAUUAUUAGAUAAAUAUUAUACUAGGUUAGACUCCUUUCUCCACUUCUGGCGUGUUGGGCAGGUACUUUGUUUGUCGUUUACAUUUUGGAAAGUAAAGGGGAAAAGGAGAAACUCCACACCAGCGGCCAAAAUGGCGGACGCAAAACCCGAAAUCGCCUUCAUCGGCCUGGGAGCCAUGGGCUUCGGCAUGGCCACCAACCUGGUCAAAAGGGGAUACAACGUGACGGGAUUCGAUGUCUGGCAACCCACGUUAGAGAAGUUCCAAGCCGCGGGAGGCAGCAUUGCCACGACGCCCGCCGAGGCCGUCAAGGACAAGGACUUCUGCGUGUGCAUGGUGGCCACCGCCGCACAGGCCCAAGCCGUGCUUAUCACCGGCGAGGACCCGGCCGUUUCGGCGCUGCCUAGCGGAGCUGCGCUUCUGCUAUGCUCGACCGUGCCGUGCGCAUACGUCCAGCGUCUAGAAGCAGAACUAGCCGAGCUGGGACGGGGCGACAUCCGGCUAAUCGACGCGCCCGUCUCGGGCGGCGCCCAGCGAGCCGCAGAGGGAACACUGUCCAUCAUGGCAGGCGGGCUCGACGCCUCCAUCGACAAAGGCCGCUUCCUCCUGCAAGAGAUGGCGGACCCAACGAAACUGUACAUCGUGCAGGGCGGGAUCGGCGCGGGGAGCAACAUGAAGAUGUGCCACCAGGUGCUGGCCGCGAACCAGAUCCUCGCGGCGAGCGAAGGGAUGGGGUUCGCGACGCACCUGAACCUGGACCCGCACUUCGCGAGCCAGGAGGUCAUCGGGUCCGCCGACGCGUGGGCGUGGAUGUUCGAGCACCGGCUGCCGCGCAUGCUGGACCCGGAGUUCCAGCCCGUCGCCAGCGCGCUGACGAUUAUUCUCAAGGACACCGGCAUCAUCACCUCGGAGGCGCGGCGCGCGGCGUUCCCGACGCCCAUGACGAGUACCGCCGAGCAGGUCUACUUCUCCGCGCUCGCCCGCGGGUACGGCGCUGACGAUGACAGUAGUUUGAUACGAUUGUACAUCGAGGGCCAACAAGGGAAGACGGACCCGCCGGGGGUGCUGAGGCGCGGGUCGGCGCAGAGGAAUGACGUGAGGAGCGUCGCGCUUGUCAAGGCGCUGCUGAAGGGGAUCUACCUCUGCUCCGCCGCGGAAGCCCUCGCGUUCGCGAGCCGGUGUGGCUUAGAUCUCGACCAGGUGUUCGAGCUGUGCGUCAACGCGGCGGGCGGGAGCUCCGUGCUCAAGACUGUCGGGCCGGACAUCAUCAAGCUCUGCCGGGGGGAAACACUGCCACCGGCGACGGGAGACGAGACAGAGAGCUUUGGGACGUGUGUGCGGCAGCUCCAGGAGGCGGUCGAGGAGGCCCAGCGGUUGAAGGUCCCCGUGUACCUCGGUAGCCAGGCGCUGAGCCUCAUGCAGCUUGCGCUAAGGAGUCCCGCUGUAGCAAGUUCUGACACUUCCAAGGCUGUGGUUGUGAGGGUGUGGGGGUUAUGAGUAGCGUAGGAUGUGCAUUCGUGAAGAUUUACUGUACCUACCUUAGUAAAUACAGUAUAUUUCUUGUAUACUCGUCAGUACAACGUCCAGUAUAGUGCUCUCAUUGUCAAGAGCAAACCAAACAUGCAAA